AUGAACGUGGUCAACCUGGAAACACGGGCCAUCAUCGAGGAAGCGAUCAGUCUCUACGGGGCGGAUUAUGAGGCGGAUGAUGCGUCUGCGGACGAAUUGUCUCUUUGGGAGUUUGACAUGACCACCGAGUCGGCAGGCGCUUCUGGGGACGCCAAACGAAGCUGCCCAGGCUUGACGGCGCUGGGGGCGGAUCAGACCGCGACCCCAGUGACGGGAAUGAAGACGAUUUCGAAGGUGCGGGUUUGGACGAGUAAAGAUAAGUGCUAUAUUCCGGAUUUGGAUGUGGAGGACUCGGACUCGGAUGAAGAUAUGGAUGACGCGGAUGAAGAUGAAGAGAUGGAGGAUGCUGCGGGAAUGGGGCCUUGUUAUCAUAUGUUGUUUUACAUCGUUGAUAGUUAG